UUCCCUACACGUCAUAAAUGGCUGAUGAAGGCCUGCUGAAAACCUGCCAAGCGGCAAACACGUCAUUGAGAGAACAAAAUAUUGCUCGUGUUAUUAAUAAUUAAAAAAAAAAAUAAUAAUAAUAAUAAUAAUAAUCGAGUAUGUCCAAUGAAGGAGCAAAGAAGAAAGGUAAGGUACCUGGGGACAAAAAACCGACUAAACGGAAAGCAAAGAGGAGGGAAACUUAUGCAGUGUAUAUCUACAAAGUUUUGAAGCAGGUUCAUCCCGACACUGGUAUCUCCAGCAGGGCGAUGAGCAUCAUGAACUCGUUUGUUAAUGAUGUGUUCGAGCGCAUCGCUACAGAGGCCUCACGGCUCGCUCACUAUAACAAGAGGUCGACCAUCACGAGCAGAGAGGUGCAGACCGCAGUCCGACUGCUGCUGCCCGGAGAACUCGCCAAACACGCCGUGUCAGAGGGCACCAAGGCCGUCACCAAAUACACCAGCUCCAAGUGAUCACCUGUGAGCUGUCCAAGAGCCGGAGGAGCCUUUCAGUUUAAAAAGUCAUAUGUAAAAUGGGCCAUGUUUGCAAUCACUCGUCAAUAUUAAUAAAUGCAC